UGUGUGGCCCACACCUCAGACUCCCAUGCAGGAAGUUCUAGCUCAAUAGGCAAAUGUCAGUGACUGGGAACUGAGACCAUGGACAACAGAGAUCUGGCAAUGGGACUGAUCCUCUUAAUACAGACUAUCGUUGGAAUCCUGGGCAAUUUCUCACUUCUCUGUCAUUAUAUCAUCCUUUCCUUCACUGAGUACAGGUGGAGGUCCACAGAUUUCAUUUAUAUGCACCUGAUUGUAGCCAACUUCUUAGCCCUGCUCUGUAAAGGAGUCCCCCAGACCAUGGUAGCAUUUGGGUGGGAACAUUUCCUCAGUGACCUGGGAUGCAAACUUCUUUUCUUUCUUCACAGAGUGGGGAGGGGGGUAUCCAUUGGUAGCAUCUGCACCUUGAGUGUGUACCAGGCCGUCACGAUCAGCCCUGUGAACUCCAGGUGGGCAGAGCUUAAAGUUAAAGCUCCCAAAUACAUUUCCCCCACUAUUUUCCUGUGUUGGGUGUUGCAAAUGUUGGUAAAUAUCACUUUCCCCAUCUACUUAACAAGCACACUGAAUGAUAAGAACAUCACAGACAGAAAGGAAUUUGGAUACUGUUCUGCAGUUCGUCAUGACAAAACUAGAGACUUACUGUAUGCAGUGUUGUUAGCAUUCCCUGAUAUGUUAUGUUUGGGGCUCAUGCUCUGGGCCAGCAGCUCCAUGGUGCUCCUUCUGUACAGACACAAGCAGCGGGUCCAACAUAUUAGAAGAAUCAGCACUUCCUCCAGGUCAUCCCCGGAGGCCAGAGCCACCAAAACCAUCCUUCUUCUCAUGAGCACUUUUGGCUAUUUUUACACCCUCUCCUCCAUCUUUCAACUUGUAGUGGGUCUUUUUGAUAAUCCCAGCUUGAUCCUGAUAAACACUGCUGCAAUCAUGUCUUUGAGUUUCCCAACUGUCAGCUCCUUGCUGCUCAUGAGCCACAACUCCAAGGUAACCAAGAUACCCAAGCUCUUCUGUGCUUGGAGAAGGAAGAUAAAAUCUCCUUGUCUUAUGAAAACUAUGCAGACUGUAUGUAUUUCUACAAUGUACACUUGCCAAUUAUUCAUUCAUCUCCCUCACAGUCCUGACACAACGUAUGUGUCACAAGAGAAGGGUAAACAGGAAAAUUGA